AUGUCGUCUGAGCCUCCCAGAGUCACUGUGACCCAACCAACUCCACAAACGGAACCUGCUCAACUCAACAUGACAUCGUCGUCAGAUACCGCACAGACUCACGAGGAGGACGGUUCGAUAUUCAAGCGGUCAAUGCACGUAGUGUCUGAUUUGUUUUCGCCCUUUUCGUCGACGGCGCUUGCAUCACUUCCUCGCAACCCCGUUGGCUUCCGUGCACGUUCGACUAGGAUUGACCGGAUCCCUGAUUCGGGUGCUACAGAUGGUGUUCCCAACUAUCGAUCUGUCGAAGCUGGAGGUUCUUCCCAGGGCCGAGUCAGAGUUCGAGUACCUAAGAAAAUCGCUACUCCUAUCAAGGUUGAAACCAAGGUUUGGUUGGCUAACGAACGCACUUGGGUAUCAUACCUAAACAUGGGCGUCUUGCUAUCUACCUUGUCCUUGGCAUUAUUUAACGCAUCCAAUGACGCAAUUUCCUUAUUAUUCGCUUAUAUUUACGCCGUGAUUAGUGUCGCUGUUAUGGUCUAUGGUUAUGUCAUCUACCAGAGGCGUAUUACCCGUAUUCGGAAGAGAGAUCCAGGUCAUUUUGACCAGAUUGUUGGCCCAGUCUUGAUUUGUGCGGCUCUGUUCUUUGCUGUGCUCGCCAAUUUUAUUAUCAGAAUCCGCGAAUGGCAAGUUACUUUUAUCCUUCCGACCGAGACAUACUAA